AUGGCGCAAUACUCCCAUUCGCCGCGCGCGACGCACUCUUCGUGCACAGCGUGCCUGCACGACUCGGAGCUCGGGCUCGACGCGCGGGUCGUGGUCAUGGGCAGCAGCGGUGCGUCCCCAUGUUCCUUCUUCUUCUUCUUCUUCUCCUCCGUCCGAGGGAGGCCCAGUUGCUCGUUGCUCGUUGCUCACGGAGAGCGCCGCGCAGGCGUAGGCAAAACCACCCUCAUCCGGCGAUACACAUACGCGCAAAAUGGCUUCGAAUUCGAGGAGGAGCCCCGCGGAGGGCCGACCACCGCGCCGUCGUUCGUCACGAAGAAGGCGCACGUCGGGCGCACGGUAGUCCGGCUCCAGCUCUGGGACACCCCCGGCCAGCUGCGCUUCCGCACCAUGGCACCUAUGUAUUACCGCGACGCCGAUGCCGCGCUCCUGCUGUACGACACCACUUCCCCCGCGACGUUUGACAGUAUCCGCGUCUGGCUCGAAGCUCUGAAGAACACGGCUCCGCACAUCCUGGUGUACGUCGUCGGGAUCACGCACCCGAAGCUGAAGGCGGGCACGAACGCACCACCACCACCAUCAUCAUCUUCAUCCCCAUCUUCCAUGGGCAUGGCCUUCAAUCACACGCACCUCACGCCCGAGCUCGCGCGGUGGCUAGUCAGCGCGUGGUUCCCACCUGCCAGCCCUGCUGCUACUCCCGCCGCCGCCGCCGCCCCGCCCCCGAGUCCCGCCGCGCGCCGCGUCGCCCGCUUCGCGUCGUACUUCCGGCUCCCGUUCCGCGCCCUCUCCGCGCCCGCCGCUCCCCCGGUGGACACGCCGGCCGACGCAGCGCAGCGCGCCAGGCCACGGCCACGACCGCGUGUGAGCUCUGCGUGCAGUCCCUCACCCAGCCCGCCGAUGGCGAUGGAGAUGGAGAUGGCGAUGUCGGUGCACAGCCCGCCCUUCUCCGCGUCGGCGAUGCUGCGGCAGCACGGCGCGCGGUGCGCGUCCCUCACCCAGAUGCGCCGCACGCAGUCCGAGCUGCUCCCCCACCGCGCGCCUGCCGCCCAGCGCACCGUCGAUGCGCUAGCGGCGACGUCGAAAUCCGUGUACCACUCGCGCUCCGUGUCCAGCCUCGCAUCGCUCCGAUACGCCGCCGCUGCCCCAGGCCCCGACGAUGAGGCCGCGAGCGAGGCGUUCUCGAAUAUCAAUAUUAAUAUUAAUAUUAACAGCCUGCCGAAUAAGAUAGAGUUCGUCGAAUGCGCGUUAGACGACAAGUGCGGUAUCGACGGGCUCUUCCAGCAUUUAUUAAGCAGCAUCGCCGACAGGGCACAUACCGACGCUGCCUCCUCCGAUGUGGUGUCUGUCAGCAGUCGGGGCUCGACCCCCUCGCCGCCGUCGACGCCGUUAUCGCGCUCGGUGCUCCACCCCUGCUACCCGCCAUCAGAAGCAGAAGCAGAAGCAGAAGAAAAGGAAAAAGAAAAAGAAAAAGAAAUACAGAACCACGACGACGACGACGACGAUGAUUAUUAUGCCCCAGAAGCGUUCCCUAGCUGGCGACCCUUCUAG